GUGUUACAUAUGCGGUUGUGGUUGCUUUUGCCGUCAUCAAAAUGGACGGCAAUAAAGAUGAAAGUGAGAGGUGUAUCACUAUUGCCUUACAAUGUAUUUCUAAUGGACAGAAAGAAAAGGCUAAGAAAUUUCUUUUAAAAGCCCAGAGACUGUUUCCAACAAAGAAAGCGUCGGACCUGUUACAAACGCUUGAGCAUGCUACAUCAAAUGGUGACACCAAAGCAGAAGAUACAACUACACGCCAAAGAAAACAAAGUAAUUCAAAGGCAAGUGAUAAGGAAAAGACUAAAGGAGCUAAUCAUGUUGCGGAUUACACACCUGAACAAAAAGCAGCUGUCAAAAGGAUUAAUAACUGUAAUGAUGUUUAUGAGGUUUUGGAAUUGCCUAAAGAUUUUACUGAAUCAGAUCUGAAGAAAGCAUACAGAAAGUUAGCUCUUCAGAUGCACCCAGAUAAAAAUAAAGCUCCUGGUGCUACAGAAGCGUUUAAAGCUGUAGGUAAAGCUUAUAGCAUUCUCAGUGAUAAAGAGAAAAGAAGACAGUAUGAUUUAUAUGGCCCUGAAAUGCAACCUAGUCGACCAUCACGACAUGAAGAGGAUUCACAUGGUUUUGAAGGUGAUAUAUCUCCUGAGGAACUUUUUAAUAUGUUUUUUGGAGGCGCCUUUCCCACAGGAAAUAUUAAUAGGCGGCAUACAACUAACGCAAGGAGACAACAAUUCUAUACAUACAGAGAAAACCAGCAGUCAGAGAGUGGACUCACUUUGUUUUUUCAACUUGCACCGAUUUUAUUGCUUAUUGUGUUGUCUUUGAUGAGCAGUUUCCUUGUUAGUGAUGCUGUAUUCAGUUUACAGCGAACAGACAAAUACAGUGUAGAAAUGAAAACUCAAAACUUAAAAGUAACCUUCUAUGUUAAAGAGGAUUUUCGUGUAGAAUUUAAAUCUGACCUUAGGAGGAUAGAAAGGGCUGUUGAAGAGGAAUAUAUUGGGCAGCUUCGAAGCAAUUGUUUUAGAGAAAGAAAUUACAGGGAAAACAUGAUGUGGAGAGCAAGAAACUAUGGAGAUGCAAAGUUGUAUCAGAAGGCUGUGGAUAUGACUACACCAUCUUGUGAUAAUUUACAGAAAGUUUAUUCAUGAUGUGGAAUGCUUGGUUGUGCAUGAGAUUUGCCUUUAUUUUUCUAUGUAUAUUAUAUCUUGGUAUUUAAUUUUUGAUUAGCAAGUAUUCCAUUUGAUCUGGAUAAGAAUGGCUGGUACAUAGAAAUUUUAAUCAGUGAAAGAAUGUUGUCAAAGUAAUGUUUAUGUUCUCAAGUUUUGUUUUGAAUAGUUUUAAAAAAAUGUUUAAAUGGGCAAAAGUGGCUGAGUGAAUGAGGCAAGCUGUCAUUUUUUUUUGUACAAAACUAUUUUGUAAGCACACAUGGCAUAAUUUUUAUGUUGGAUUGUUUCCUUUCUACACAGAUAUAAAGUUGUCUUCUUAUGGCAAAUGUUAUUUAUGUAUGCAACAAGACAACAAUUUUGUUUCUCAUUGAUGUUGAAUCAUUUCCUCAUAGAAUUUUGAUUUUUAUGAUACCCAUAGAUUUAAAGUUGUUUCUUGAGGUGUGCUUGUGUGACUCUCAUACUCCUAGAACAGAUAAAUGUUUAAAUUCCAAUAAAGUUAAGAAUCUCAGAGAACUUAACUUGUUUUAACCACAUCCUAGUAUGUUAAUGCUCGUCUAACUCAUGUCAUUAAUUAGAAUUUUUUAAUUAACCUUUUCGCUCAUGUUUUUUAAUUAGGUGUAUCAGAGUUUGCUCAAAUUUAUGAAUUGAUAAUGGUAAUAAAGUUAGGGUUGAUUAUCAAGUUUGAUCAGGUUUAUUUCAAAGCUUUUAGACAGAAAACAUUUACCUCUAGAAAAGAAUAUGUAGUCGUCUUCAAUCUAUUUUUUUAAACACUAAUUUGUUUUUCAUUAUGGAUGUGCGAUUGUUUGUGAUAUUUUUUCCUCACAACUUAAACCUGUUUAUAUAUUUAUUGUAUUAAUGCAAUCAUUUUUAUACUACCUUAAAAAGUAAGUGAUAGUCUACAAUUUAGGUAAAAGAAUAUGUUAAAGAACAAAGAGCCAACUACCCUCUCUUAUGUACAUUUUUAGAAAAAAAUUCUGUAUAUUUAGUAUCAGAAUCAGCAUUUUUUUUAAUGAAUGUAUAUUUAAAACUUGAGUAAAAUAAGAGGGUUUAGGUGUGUAUAUUUUGCCAUAUAUAGAUUUGGGUUCCAAAACUGAAACAAUGCAAUCCUCAGACUUAUCACCCAAUCCAUUUUCUCUCUUAUUUAAAAAAAAAAGUGUUCAAUCUCGCUUUCAUUGAAUGAAUGUUGCAAUUAUUAGUGUGGAGCAAAUUAACUUUUCUUUACACUAUACAAUAUUGCAAUUUUUUUUUUAUUUAAAUGAAAUGAAUGUUUUAGCCUGUUAGAUAAUUUUAGCGAUGCCAUUGUUAAAUGCCAUCCAAAUAGCUUACUUGUACAACUAUUAAUCUGAAUGACCAGUACAUGAUCACUGUAUCUUUUACUUUGUGAUUACUGGGUUUUUUCUUAAUUCCUCUUUGCACAUAAUUGGUCAGAUAUUUGGAUUUAAAAUUUUUCAGAACAAUGCAUGUUAUACAUGCUAUCUACAUGAUGCGUAUUUAAUAUUUUUUUCAAAUACCACAUUUUUUAACAUCAUUAAAAAAAAAAAAGAUUAAAGUUCAAUUGUUUUAAAUAAAACGUUUGCCAUGUACACAAGUAAAAAUGAUUUUUAAAGAAAUGUUUGACUUGUUUUAUUCUCUCAUGUCACAGCAUGAUGUAUAUAAAAUAAUUCCAAUUACACUCAUAAAUCUAGAUGAAAACUUCACAUGCCUGCUUUACUUAUAUCUCAAAUGAGUUUUUAUCUUUAAGUAUCCUCUAUUAUUAAAAAAAAAAGCAAUUAACUUU